UCCCAAGCCAAUUUCGAUAUAUUAUGACCGUGUUUACGAAAUCGCGAAAUAGACCAAGCAAUUGUGGAACUCAGCCGUCGUCGGCGGAACCAACUCCAAAGGUACCCACAACACAUUUCGAUGGCUUUCUCGUUUGAUGACAUUCCCACCCUUGACGGCAAAGUCGCGAUCGUCACAGGAUGCAACACUGGCAUUGGCCUCGUCACGGCGCGCGAACUGGCCAAGAAGGGCUGUCACGUCAUCAUGGCCAAUCGGUCGCGCGAGAAGACGACGGCGGCCAUUGCGGCGGUCGACGUCGCUGACAAAUCCAAGCUCGAGUUCCUAGAACUCAACUUGCUGAGCUUGCGCUCCGUGUAUGCGUUUGUAGACGCGUUCAAAGCUCGCAACCUCCCGCUGCAUCUCUUGAUCAACAACGCUGGCAUCAUGAAUCCUCCGUUCCAGCUGUCCGAGGACGGCAUCGAGUCCCAGUUCGCCACCAACCACGUGGCCCAUCACGCGCUCACCGUAGCGUUGCUGCCCAUCUUGGAAGCGUCGGCGCCGUCUCGCAUCGUCGUGGUCAGUUCGUCUGCCCACAACAUGGCUCCCCGACCAACUGGGUUGGACUUGGCCAACUUGAACGACCCGUCCAAAUACGCUAGCUGGAAGUGGUAUGGCCAAUCCAAGAUUGCCAACAUCUUCUUCGCCCGUGAAUUGAGUCGUCAGCUGGCCGCCCGCAACGUCAAGAACGUGUACGUGAACGCGGUCCACCCCGGCGUGGUCAAGACGGAGCUGGUGCGCCACACGUUUUGGCUGCUCAAGUGGCUCCUCUCGUGGUUCCAAAUCGACGCCGACGACGGCGCCAAGACCCAACUGUACGUCGCCACGUCGAACGAUGUCGUAGACAACGACUGGCAUGGCCAGUACUUUGUUCCGAUCGCAACCUUGUCCGAGACCAACAAAGCGGCGCUGAAUCCUGACGUUGCCAAGGACCUGUGGGAGUAUACCGAGACAUUGAUUCAAGAAAAGGUUGCCGGACACUCGAGUUAGAGUGUGGUGUGAAUACAUACGUGUAUAUAUAUAUGCAAACGCCCGGCCAUUCUCGUGCAUAUGAGUCGUACAUUACUGUAGUAACGUUGAGCCCAGUGUUCUAACAAUCCUGAAGCACUCGAAACCUAGUGUUGACGUGUGCAUAUUGCGCUCGAAGGCAGAGCAAUGGGUGCGGUCGCGUUUUGGAAGAG